AUGACAUCCCUAACAUCAUUCACCCUCUUCCCUCUCCUCCCGCCCGAACUCCGCCUCCACAUCUACCACCACGCCUGCCACCCGCGCGUGACAACCCUCUCCUACCUCCCCGCUCCGCGAGACGCCUACCAGUGCCUAACCCCGCCGCCAACCCUCCUGCACAUCUCGCGAGAAUCCCGCGCCGAAGGCCUCCGCCUCUACGCGAAGUGCCUCCUCCCACCAUUAUCAUCACCACCAUCACCAUCACCACCCAACCAGCAACCACCCCCGGAGCAAACCGAACCAUUACAACAACCAUCAGCCGAAGACGACGACGACGCACACCACCACCACCACCCCCGCAGGUAUUUCUACCACCACCCGCACCUCGACACGCUGUACCUGCCGCGGCCGCCGCGCGCCGCCGACCCGCUGGGGCUGGGGUACGCGGACUGGGCGCGCGAGUUUGCCGCCGGGACGGGGACGGGGCCGGGGCCGGGGCCGGGAGCGGGAGUGAGCGGGCUCGCGCGCGUGGUGCGGCGGCUGGCGGUGGACUACGUGCCCGCCGAGGUGCGCCGGCCGUGGGAGGUGUUUGGCAAGGUGUGCCUGAUCCGCGGCUGUCCGCUGCUGGAGGAGGCGUAUCUGGUGGUUGGUGGCGGUGGUGGUGAUGGUGGGGGGGCGGAGCAGCCGGGCUCCUCCGGGACGGGUCGGAGAGAAGUGGAGUUUGUUGACCCCGCGGCGGGGGACGCCGAGAUCGUGCGGAUUAUGGAACGGGUGAGGGCGUCGUUUCGGGUGGAGCUUGGGGAUGGGGAUGGGGAUGGGGAUGGGAAUGGCUCGGAUACCCAGCCCUCGCCCAUUUCAACAUCCAUGUCUGGAUCAUUACGGCCCCUGGUCCAACCGUUCCCUCAUUAUCCGUCGCAACAGGCAAUCGUCUACCACAAGAUGGCCUAG